AUGGCUAGCAGGCGGCGGCCUCGGCCGGCGGAGGCAGUGGACUCUGCAGCCCCUCCCGGCGGGCACAGCACCAAGCGUCUCCGCGCCGCCGCCGCCGCGGCCUCCUCGCCCUGGCCGUCGAUGCCCGAGGACCUGGGGUCGCGCAUCGCGGAGCGCGUGCUCGCCGGAGACCUGCUCGACUACGUCCGCUUCCGCGCCGUGUGCCCCGGCUGGCGCUCCUGCACCGCGGACCCGCACGGCCGCGGCGUGUCCGACCCCCGCUUCCACCCGCGCGGGUGGACGAUGCUCCCUGAGGGCCAUGGCCUGCACCCGGGCCACGCCAGGCUCCGCGCCCGCGUCCGCUUCUUCAACCGCGGCACGGGCGCCUUCGUGGGCGCCCACCUCCCGCUGCUCGCGGACCACUGCGUCCUCGACUCCCCCGAGGGCCUCCUCCUCCUGCAGCGCGACGCGGACUCCGCCGUCCGCCUCCUCCACCCCUUCACCGGCGACGUCUGCGAGCUCCCGCCGCUGACGUCCCUCAUCCCGCAGCUCGACCGCCUCACGGGCCACCGGCCGCGGCUCGACGCCGACGAGCACAAGGUGCAGUCUUUCGGCAGGGUCUCCGCGGCCGUCGCCGUCGCCCCGACGACCGGCACGGUCACGGUCGUGCUCGCGCACGAGCACAUCUGUCGGUUCGCCCACGCGUCCCCCGGGGACAGGAGGUGGGAGCUCACGGCCUGGAGCACGGACCGCGUGGCCAGAACCCUGGGGUUCCAUGGCAGCCUGUACCUGGCCUGCUGGGGCCACGAGGAGUCAAGCAUCAUGCGCCUAGACCCACCACUGCUCGAGGUGAUCGCCACGCUUCCAUCCAAGCUGAUGAUCCUGCCGCAGCUAGUGGAGUGCGACUCGGAGAUCCUGGUGGUCGGCAGCACCGACGUGUCCUGUUCGCGCCUUGUGGUUGUCAGGCUUGCCGACCUCCUGCUUGGGGAGCCAGCCGCUGCGCCACUGACGAGCAUCGGCGACAACUGCCUCUUCGGCAUGCGUAGCCUGGCCGUCUCCUCCAAGGGGCUGCCUUCCGUCUCCGGGAACUCCAUCGUUCUCUGCGACAGCAUAGAAGAAGAUCGCCUAAUGCAGUACAGCCUCAGCAGUGGCACCUUGUCGCCGGCGUGCGACGGGGACAUCGUCGAGAGCCCACCGCCCAGCCCUCACAGCAUUGUCCACCACCUCGUCACCUGCUGCUACCGCUAUUUUUGGAACAAAGGGCUGAUCUACUGCUCCAGGACGAAGCCUUCAUGGGGGAAGAAACGAAUGUGGCGGCUGGGUUUUGAGCCCUCGAGGAUCGUAGGUGCCACUGGCUGA